AUGGAUCCAGAGGAGGAGCGCAGAGAUGGACAGGAACAGCGAAGAAGAAAUCUCCAGCUGGACUUUGGCUCCGAGCGAAAAAGACCAAAGAUUGACUACAAAGAUAUCAAGAUGAAAUUUUCAGAUUUGAAAAGAGCUGAUGAACAAGAAGCGUCGGACAAGAAAGACCAGUAG